ACCAUGUCCGGGGUAAAGCUACCGUCUUAACAAAAUAACUCCAUCAGCGUCCUCCGGUUAUUGUCUGUCUGCUCUUGUAAGCAGCCGAGAGCUUCAACCUGUUAGGAGUUCGGCCCUCUCCACCGAGGCCCUGUCUUCUGUCAGUCACAGGAACAGCUCUGCCAAAGCCACCAGUGACUUCUAAGAGGUUGCCAGGUUCAGUGAUGCCCUCAACAGGUCCAUACCAUGGCCCUCGUCUCUGCUGAUUCCCGCAUUGCAGAACUUCUCACAGAGCUCCAUCAAUUGAUCAAGCAAACCCAGGAAGAGCGUUCGAGGAGUGAGCACAACUUAGUGAAUAUCCAGAAGACGCACGAGCGAAUGCAGACAGAGAACAAGAUUUCUCCUUAUUUCCGGACAAAGCUGCGUGGCCUCUAUACAACCGCCAAGGCUGAUGCGGAGGCUGAGUGCAACAUCCUCCGCAAGGCCCUGGAUAAGAUUGCUGAGAUCAAGUCUCUGUUGGAAGAGAGGCGGAUUGCGGCCAAGAUCGCAGGCCUCUACAAUGACUCGGAGCCCCCACGGAAGACCAUGCGCAGGGGGGUGCUGAUGACGCUGCUGCAGCAGUCAGCCAUGACCCUGCCCCUUUGGAUCGGGAAGCCUGGUGACAAGCCCCCACCUCUCUGUGGAGCCAUUCCAGCCUCAGGGGACUAUGUGGCCAAACCUGGAGACAAGGUGGCUGCCCGAGUAAAGGCUGUGGAUGGGGAUGAGCAGUGGAUCUUGGCCGAAGUAGUCAGCUACAGCCAUGCCACCAACAAGUAUGAGGUAGAUGACAUUGAUGAAGAAGGCAAAGAGAGACAUACCCUGAGCCGGCGUCGCAUUAUCCCACUGCCCCAGUGGAAGGCAAACCCUGAGACAGACCCCGAGGCCUUGUUCCAGAAGGAACAGCUGGUACUAGCCCUGUAUCCACAAACCACCUGCUUCUACCGUGCCCUGAUCCACACACCCCCACAGCGGCCCCAAGAUGACUAUUCAGUCCUGUUUGAAGACACCUCCUAUGCAGAUGGCUACUCCCCUCCCCUCAAUGUGGCCCAGAGGUACGUGGUGGCUUGUAAGGAGCCCAAGAAAAAGUGAAGCUGGCUGGCAGGCUUGAGUCUGCUACUGCUGUCCUCAUGGGAGAAGGCAGCGAAGGAAUUCCUAUGAUCAAAUAAAUGUUUUUCCCUCUC